GUGGUCGAGCCCUCGUGCGCGGGCAUCGUGGCGGCGUACGCUGUGGCCGCCUGCACGGUCGGGCUCGCCGUCGGCGUUGGUGCAGGCGUCCUCGCGGCUCGUCGUACACUUGCUCCGCCGCUCGAGCCCACGGGUGGUGAGCUGCCCACGGAGGUGAUCGACAUCGACGCGCUCGCUGCCGAGCAG